AUGCAUAAUACUCAGGCGGCAUCGCCAAAUCAAGAUGUCUUACCGUUCUUUCAAGGUGAAACUGCGGUCAAGGAAGACAAUAUAGAAAGAGAUGAGGAUCAACUGGUGACAAAAAGAAGCAGCCCGGCUCGAGAUGCGUCUGUGUGCGAGGUACAGUGCGUCGAUAUUGGCAGCGAUGAAGACGCGGGAGCCAUAGACAUCAUUGAAGUAGACACGAAGGAGAACGACGCAGUAGAAGCCGCGGAUUGCGUGACGGUGCUCGAGGAAGCCCCGGCAGAGCAGAAACCUGGCGCGCCGCUGGGCGAAAAUAGAAAGACCAGGAGCAAGGGCGCGGUGAAGGAGAGCAGCAAGGCCAAGAAGCAGGCAACCAAGGAGCAGUUGGAGCUUAAAAAGCGGCAGGAGCGCGAGGAGCGCGAGCUCAAGAAGCUGCGAGACAAGGAGGAGCGCGAGCUCAAGAAGCUGCGGGAGAAGGAGGAGCGUGAGCUCAAGAAGCUGCGGGAGAAGGAGGAGCGCGAGCUGAAGAGGCAGAAGGAAAAGGAGGAGCGCGAACUCAAGAAGCUGCGGGAGAAGGAGGAGCGCGAGCUGAAGAGGCAGAAGGAAAAGGAGGAGCGCGAGCUCAAGAAGCAACUCGAGAAGGAGGAGCGCGAGCGGAAGGAGGAGGAGAAGCAGAAGAAAACCGAGGCGAAGGAACGAGCGCAGCUGAGGAUCGGCAGUUUCUUCAAGAAAACCGUGAUUUCCAAGUCUCUGGAUGACUCCAAGAGCGACUACGAUAGGGCGUUCUUGCCGUUCUAUAUAAAGCGGGACGUGAAGGUUGCCGGCCUGCACCAACUGGACCGGGGUAAGCUGCAGGAUAGCGAAGCUGCGAUCGAUAAGAGGCUGCAUGAUGCCGCCGCGCCCCAGGACACACUGGACUGGCUCGCGUCUGUACGGCCUCCGAAGUGCGGGUACGAGAUCAGGUGCACGGCCGUGGAGGUCCUGCAGAAAAUGACGGCCAAGCAGAAGACCGACGAGGAGCUCCAGACACUCCUUGGGCAGGUGCCCCACAAAUACAUCAAGUUCUACGAGAACAUCCGGCCGCCAUAUAUCGGGACUUACUCCAAAAACGUGACGCUGCCGCGCUGCAAUCCGUUCUCUACAGAAGAGACAGGCUUCAACUAUGACUACGAUUCAGACUUGGACUGGAUCAACGACGAAGACGAGGAGGGCGGCGACGUGGAUGACCUCGAGGCCGACGACGACGACGACGACGACGACGACGACGAGCAGGACCAGGGGGACGAGCACGAGUUCGACGGCUUCCUGGAUAGCGAUGACGACUCUGGCUCCACCUCGAAGAAGAGCUUCGCUGGUCCACUGAUACCGGUGGUCCAUCUUGUGCGGGACUUUGACAACCUGAAAGCUGACGAACAGCAGUAUUUCAACAUGCUAGCGGUCCAGUAUCUAAUUGAGGCACAGCCGUUCCCAAUCGACCCUAACUAUGCUCCCAACAAGAGACCGCCUCCUCGGGGGGUCUGUGAGUCGACCACUUCUCCAGAACAUGGACAGGCCCAGAAGAAGGCCAAGAGCUUAAUCUCCGAACCCAAGGACUUGUUAAAGCUGUUGGAUGAGGUCCACGAAUCGACUUUUUCCCUUGGGACCAUCAGUGAAAUUGUCCAGAAGCACGUUCCACACUAUUCAAAGGAGACGAUAAAAAAUACAGUUAAGCAUUACGCUGCGAGGUCCAGCGGGAAAGGCAAUACGUCCCGCAAAUGGCAGGUGAUAGACGUCGAAGGCUGGGAACAGCUGAAGGUCAAUCGGUGA